AUGAAAUCGUCGGCAUUUCUCUUGCUCCCCUCAAUUGGGUUGGGACCGGUGAAGAAGGAGGAGGAGAAGGACUCCUCCGGAGAGAAAGUCCGGGACGUGUCGCCUGGAAGAGGCCCUCGUCAGGGCGAUCCAAGCAUGCUAGGCCUGGUAGGUACUGCAGUACUUGGCCCAAUUCAUCCAAACAGAAAACAAAGAGAUGGGGGCCAGCAGUCGAGCCACCGGCUGACCGACAGAAGGAUUCAAAUGGAAGCCAAUGAACGCAAUUCAGAAUUCGGCAACAGUUGGCUAGCUGGCUGGCCCAAGGGAGGGAAGGACAUCACGGAAGCUAUCCUGGCUCGGCGUUCGGACAAGGUCAAGAUAGUCGACCUCGAUUAUGUUCGGUACAAGAACGAAUACAAUGAAGAGGAGAUUAUCUUCACUCAGAUCCGCCUGUCUUAA